CCUUCACUGGAGCUACAGGGGCAAAAUGGCGGCCAAGGCGCCAAAUACAAAUGUUUGAAUUUGGCGAGGUGAGGGCUGACGCUGUCUCUGGCCGACUUGUGCUGAGGGUGGUGAGGCCAUGGACGCCUCGGCGUGUAUGAAGUCUCUGCUCUUGGCGGCUUCUCAGUACCGAGCUGCCCGCACCCAGCCCAACGCAGCGCUGCUCCAGCGGAAUUUAGAGGUUAUUUCAGGAUUGAAAUUGACAAAAUUGUUUGCAUCAAAUCAUAUUUUACCAAGUGAAUGCCUCAAUUGCUUAGUAGAACUUAUUGAGGACCCAAAUCUAAGCCCUCCAUUAACUUUGAAUGUUGUAGGCUUGCUUUCUCAGUUAGAUAAUGAAACCGGAGAAGCCCUUCAGAAUGCUUACAAUCUGUGUGGUGCCCUUGUAAGUGUAAUUCUUCGAAGUUCUACAAAUCCUAUUGACCCAGUAAUAUUGCAAAGUAUUCAACUGCUACAGAAACUGACCUACAAUGCAAGAAUACUGCAAGCCAGUGCUAAUAUUGAAGACUUAAUUUCUUUCCUAAUGCUUCGGAUUCAGUCUACAGAAGAUGAGUUAACUAUACCAUGCCUAGGACUUUUGGCAAAUCUUUGUCGACAUAAUCUCACUGUUCAAACAUAUAUCAAGUCAUUGACGAAUGUGAAAGGUUUUUAUCGCACUCUGAUCAGUUUCUUGGCCCACAGUAGUUUAACAAUGGUUGUUUUUGCACUUUCAAUAUUAUCAAGUCUUACAUUAAAUGAAGAAGUUGGAGAAAAGCUGUUUCAUUCCAGAAAUAUUCACCAGACUUUUCAGUUAAUAUUUAAUAUCCUUGUGAAUGGUGAUGGAACACUAACAAGAAAAUAUUCUGUGGAUCUGCUUAUGGAUCUCCUGAAGAAUUCCAAGAUUGCAGAUUAUCUUACCAAGUAUGAACAUUUUACAUCUUGUCUUAAUCAAGUGAUAGGCCUCCUUCAUGGAAGAGAUUCUGAUUCCUCAGCAAAGAUAUUAGAAUUGCUACUUGCAUUUUGUUCAGUGACACAACUCCGUCAUAUUGUACGUCAAGCAGUACUGGAACCAAAUGUAGCAGUCUCUGCAAGCACAAGACUUGCAACUCGUGCUAAGAAUUCUGACUCAUCUAUUGUUUUAGUACAUUGGUCAAACCAGCCACUAGAAGUAUCUGAAAAGUGUUCAAAUCUUGCCUUGGAGCUAUUCAGGGAGCUAUUUGAGGAUGUUAUUGAUGCUGGCAAUAGUGCAACUGCUGAACGCUUUGUGGAUCUUCUUUUGCCCAUUCUUCUCGACCAUCUUCAGUUUCCUGACCACAUACUAGAAGAUCUGUUGAAAAAGAAAAAAUGUGAACGAAUGAUCAAGACUAUUGAUAUCUUGAUAACUCUUUGUGCAGAUGAUAUGCUGAAAAUGCAUGUCAUUAAAGUUUUAACAGCUAGCAAGUGUGCUACUUUAAUAGAAAACCAAUUCACUUCUAGUGGAAUUGAUUUUAGUUUUGGGACAAAAUUUGUGGACUGUGAAUUGAGCAAACUUUCUGCUGAGCUAAUCUUAAAAACACUGGAUCUGAUGAGUAAGCUUAAGCAGAUGGUUCCUAAUAUGGAAGUCAGUUUUUACAAAGUUCUUCAGGACCAACGCUUGGUUACCCCUCUGGCUUUUGCUUUAACAUCAGACCACAGAGAACAAGUUCAAGCAGGACUUAGAAUAUUAUUUGAAGCAGCCCCAUUGCCAGACUUUCCUGCCAUAGUGCUUGGUGAAAGUAUUGCAGCCAAUAAUGCUUACAAACAACAGGAAUCUGAGCAUGCCUCUAAAAGAAGAAGUCACCUGCAGGCAUCCAUGACUUCUAUAAAUUCAGUAAAGGCCUCUAAUGUUUGCCAUCCCAAUGAUGGUGAUGCUGCAACUUUCAGCAUUCAGGACCUGAUUCACAAACUCCAGUCUGGCUUGGAGAUGAAGGAAUCAGUCACAGACAUCAGGGUCUCUGAAAUAAUAGAAGUAUAUGAACAGAAACUGUCUGCAUUGGCAUCCAAGGAAACAAGGUUGCAGGACCUUUUGGAAGCAAAGGCGUUAGCUCUUUCUCAAGCUGAUAGACUUAUUGCCCAGUAUCGUUGCCAGAGAGCUCAAGCUGAAUCUGAGGCUAGGAUGCUUGCUUCAAUACUGAAGGAUACAGAAAGAAAAAAUGAAGAUCUGGAGUCACUACUGAAAGCACAGCAGACAGAAUCUGAACGGGCACAAAGUGAUAUUGAACAACUAUUUCAGCAUAAUCGGAAACUGCAAACAAUAGCAGAAGAAUAUGAGAUACUGAAAAGAUCUUCCAUUGAUCUGCUUCAAAAGCAUGAAACUAUCGAAAAGCAGUAUAACAAUCUGCAGGGAAUGUGUAAUUCACUGAAUAAACAACUUGAGACCCUUAAAAGACUGAAUGAAUCGCUGAAGCAACAGAAUGAAAAAACCGUUGUUCAGCUUCUCGAAACAGAAGAACACAGAAAAGAACUGAACAAACAGAUCCAAGAAAAAGAUGGAGAAAUAUCAAAUUUACAACAGAAGAUAAAAGUUCAAGAAGAAAAACUAAAAGUCAGACAGAAGGAAAAAAUAGAUAUGGAGGACAAAAUUGACAUUCUUAGAAAAGAGCUUAGCAAAACUGAACAGGCAAGAAAAGAACUGAGUAUUAAGGCAUCUUCUUUGGAAGUUCAGAAGUCACAGUUGGAAGGACGGCUAGAAGAAAAGGAGGCCUUAAUUAAGCUUCAGCAAGAAGAACUAAACAAACAUUCUCAUAUGAUUGCAAUGAUUCAUAGCUUAAGUGGUGGUAAAUUAAAUGCAGAAACAGUGAAUCUCAGUUUAUAGAGCAGAUUUUCUAAAUAUGCAAUUAAUGUUGUUUUAUGUUUCAUUAUGAAAAACCUUUUAGGUAACUUUCCUUGAAGAUAUUAUGGCUUUUAUGAAUAGUAGGCUACAUUCUAUUCAUUUUGACACUAAUAUCUCUAUCACUAUUGGUUGCCUUGUUUAUGUAUUUAACAAGGACUAGAUAUAAUUUUAGAAAACAUAAGUAAAAAAACCAUUUGAUGCCCAAACUAUCAACUAUGCUAGGUUUACUUAAGUUAGUAAUUCUACUCUUAAACUGAUUUUACAAAAGCUUUCAUUUCCUUGUAUACAAAAUGUAGCUGAAAUCUUGCUGGUUAACCUAUACAUUCAAAAUGAAAGUAUGCAAAUAUAUAUGUAUAUAUUAUGUAGAAAAACAUUUUAAGUCUUAUAUUACAAUACAGAUAUACAUUAAUGAAUCAAACAUUUAAAAGAAAUCUGAAUUUCCCUCCCCCCAAAAACAGAAGACAAGCUCAGUUUUCAUAUAUUCAGUUUUCCUUCCGGUGUAAAAGUCAAAUAAUUCUCUUCAUAGUUUUUCAGAUUUAGAGAUUUCUGAAGUUAAUAGUCACAGGUUGUUUGUGUUCUUUUUAAAAAUAUUCUACAAGUUUUCUAGUAUUUAUUACAAACCUAUUUUUUUGCUGAAAGACAAAGAUACUGUAUAUUUUUAAACUAGUGCAUGAAUAUGUUUUAAAAUAAUGAACUUUCAACAACUAUGUGUAGUUUAAAAAUCAACUUACAACAUAUAGGGCAAGGGCAUAUUUUCCUAUUGUACUGUAUCUGUCCUCUUUAAUGAUAUAAUGAAACCUGAUUAUGUUUGGAGACACUGAAACUCCAAAACAAUUAGUAUUAAUUCCACUUAAGAGGGUAGUGAUCAUAUGCCAACAUUUCAACAAAUACCUUUACAUUUUAAAUUCUGUGUGUCAGUCUUCCUCUUUAACUAUGUGCAAUUGAUGCUGUCAAUUAUAUUUUUGAAAGCUAUUGUCUCCAACUUGGCAGUGGUAUUUGACAUUUAAAUGAAGUAUUUAUUAUGGACUCUAGUGGUCUUUUUAUAUUUUUGUUCUAAUUGUCAUCAUUUGUCUCUGGAAAAUGAAAUAAAUAACACUGAAGUUAUGCAUG